CUUCCUGCUGCUAACGUUUUUAAGUACUGCAGAAACCCAACAGGUGAAGCCUGCUGAACCCGGGUCUCUUGUCAGCCAGAGGGUUUUGUAGCGGGCGACCAGCCUCCCCCUCCCCCUGAGGUCCAGCUGCUGACCAGAAGUUGUCGGGCUCCGGAGAGCAGCUCUUUCCCCACCUUCAGCGGCUGCACGUGAGGGUCUCCACCAGCACUGGACCAGAGAUGCUCCCUCUGCAGGUGUAUCCUCUUACCUUCCUCCUCUUCCUCCUCCUAUGUCUUCAAGUACCUAGCUGGGCAAAGCACCCCAAAAUUAAGCUGCGCUUGGUGGGGCCCAGGAGCCAAGCAGGUGAAGGGCGUCUGGAGGUGCUGUACAAAGGACAGUGGGGCACAGUGUGCGAUGAUGACUUCAACAUCCACGUGGCAAAUGUGGCCUGCAGAGAGCUGGGCUAUGAUCAGGCCAUAAACUGGGCUCACAGCGCCAAAUAUGGCUCAGGAGAUGGUCCCAUCUGGCUGGACAAUAUGCGCUGCUCAGGUACUGAAAGCUCCCUGGCUGAAUGUGCCUCCAAUGGUUGGGGGGUGACUGAUUGCAACCACAAUGAAGAUAGCGGCGUGGUGUGCACAGGGCCCCGCCGACUCAAUUCUGCUGCUUCACAUAUCCAGCUGCAGGGUUCAAAGGUAGAAGAGGUACAGAUCAAGCCGAUACUGGCCCGGGCCAAAUUGAGCUCCCCGGUCACAGAAGGUGCGGUAGAAGUAAAGCUCCAGGGGCGCUGGCGCCAGGUGUGCGAUGCUGGCUGGACUCGAAACAAUACUCGUGUACUGUGUGGGAUGCUGGGAUUCCCCUAUGACGGACAGGUGGCCACAGGAUUCUACAGGAAACUCUGGAAUCAGAAACUAAAGGAUCCAAGGUCCAGCCUAAAAAAACUGAGUAAGAAGAAUACCUUCUGGAUCCAUCAGAUUAAAUGCCUGGGCACUGAGGUUCACUUGGGUGAAUGCAAACUACAUGUGCUUCCAAAAGCUCAGAAUCAAAGUGCCUGCCCACAUGGUAUGCAUGCCUUGGUCAGCUGUAUAGCAGGUCCUGAAUUCCAGCCCAAGAAAGCCAAGCUAACCAGCCAUAGCAAGCCUAAGCAGAAGGAAGCCCAGGUGCGUCUCCGUGCAGGUGCACAUAUAGGUGAAGGACGUGUGGAAGUGCUAAUAGGUAACCAGUGGGGCACUGUGUGUGAUGAAGGCUGGAAUCUACCUGCUGCCAGUGUGGUGUGUCGGCAGUUAGGUUAUGGCACUGCACGAGAAGCUCUUUCAGGAGCACAGUUGGGCCAAGGCCUAGGUCCUAUCCAUUUAACAAGAGUGCGGUGCAGGGGACAUGAACGAUCACUGAUGGACUGCAGGUCCCAAAAAGCAGCUCAGACAGGAUGCCGGCAUGACAAUGAUGUUGCUGUCCGCUGCAAUGUGCCCCAAACAAAUGUCCAACGUCAAAUCCGUCUGGCUGGUGGACGCACUUCAGAGGAAGGUGUUGUAGAAGUACUGGUGCCCAGAGGAAAUGCCUUCCGCUGGGGUGCUGUGUGUGGGGAACACUGGGGACUCAAGGAGGCCAUGGUUGUUUGUCGACAGAUGGGGCUGGGCUUUGCAAGCCAUGCUCUCCAGGAAACAUGGUACUGGCAGGGCAAUACAGAUGCUUCUGAGGUGGUGUUGAGUGGUGUGCGCUGUAAAGGCACAGAACUGUCUAUUCUACAAUGUCAGCACCAUGGACCCGUGCAUUGCCCAAAUGGAGGAGGCCGUUUUGUUGCAGGAGUCACCUGCACCCAGAAUGCUCCAGAUCUAGUAAUGAGUGCCCAGCUGGUAGAGGAGACAGCUUAUCUUGAGGACCGCCCAUUGAACAUGCUGUAUUGUGCCCAUGAGGAAGGCUGCCUUUCUGCCUCUGCUGACCAUAUGAACUGGCCAGAGGGGUAUCGACGCCUGCUGCGCUUCUCUUCUCAGAUUCACAAUCUGGGCCGGGCUGACUUCCUUCCCAAAAUUGGGCGUCAUGCAUGGAUAUGGCAUGAAUGCCACAGACAUUUCCACAGCAUUGAGGUUUUCACACACUAUGACUUAUUGACACUCAAUGGAUCCAAGGUGGCUGAGGGACACAAGGCCAGUUUCUGUCUGGAGGACACCAACUGCCCAGAGGGAAUGCAGCGGCGUUUUGGCUGUGCUAAUUUUGGAGAGCAGGGUGUCAGUGUAGGCUGCUGGGACACAUACAGACAUGAUAUUGACUGCCAGUGGAUAGAUAUCACUGAUGUGCCCCCUGGGAGUUACAUAUUCCAGGUUAUAGUGAACCCUAAGCAGGAGGUAGCAGAAUCUGACUUUUCCAACAAUGCCCUUCGCUGUCAGUGCCAGUAUGAGGGACAACGUAUUUGGUUGCAUGGAUGCCAUACAGGUGACGAGUAUGGUGCCAGGAUAGAGUGGGAUGAGGAAGCACAACGGAGAUUGAGCACCAACUUUGUGUAAGGCAGAUAUUCCAGAAGCAGCUGGAAUUCCCAAGGACCUGGAUCUAGAUCUUCUCAUGGCUCAAAGCAACCCAACACGAGCUAUGGUAGAAUCCAAGCAGCUGCUGGCUAGCACAAGAACUAGAUUCUGCAGACAGAUUCUUCCAAGACCCUCUUCCCUCCUGGUCAUUUGUCCAGGAUUUUCACACACAGCGGCACCACAUACAGACUUUAUGGCCAUACUGUGACUAUCACUACUUUGCCUUCCAUUACACAGUCCAGCUUGUCUGGUCUGCUUUCUCUAUUUAUUCAGCUUGGCAACUAUGGUCAAAUAUGGGACUGAAAUGACCUGAUGGGGGACACUACAGUCUUUCUCAUGUCCAGCUAAGAUAAUAAUUCAGAGGCAAAAAGGACCAUGCUCUUGCCUUGCUGGCAGAAGGGGUGCGUGAGUAGCACAGCCCAGAAAAACUACCUCAGCCAGCACUAUCUGCUGACAAGCUUUUAUCUCAGGAGCUGGUUCAUCUCAAGACAUAUAUCAUUCUUUUCAGCCCCAUAUCCCCACUUUGCCACAAAGGCAUACAGCAUGCAACAUGCCAGUAGGCCCAAGCAUCCAUACCCACCUUACCUCUGAUGCAGAAGGCUUCGUCCUGCCAUGGAUGCAGAUACCUCCAGAUCCAAGAAUUCAAGUCAGACCAAAGGAUGCAGAAAAGGCACCUCUGAGCCCUCCUGUAAGAAGGCACUAGUUGGGCCAUGCUAUUAGUUUAAAUAUUGAGAGAUUAGGGAAGUGGAACAAUAUUAUUAACUAUGGAGUCAGUAAUGUGCAAUGAACCGUGAUGGCUUUCAGGAAGCGUAAAAUACGAUUUGGGGAUCACUUGCUCAGGGAAGAAUCACAAGCCUCUCCCAAGAGAAACAAAAGGUGCCAUUUUGUACCACAUUUUAUAGAGUUUGACCCUGCCAAUAAAAGGCUUUUUGAACCACAUAAUAAUAUUCAUGGUUGAAUGAGAGAAAUCACGGGCAGAUUCUUGUGCCAUCCACUUUUUUGCUACGAGUUCCAAUGAUGAAGUCCAGCUGAGAAAGCUUGGAAACAGCACACGCCAGUCUGUUUGUCUGCCCACCUGUGUGGAGCAGGGAAGCAUUGCUUCAGAAGCAGCAGCAUUAAACUGGCUCAGGAUAGCAGAGGAUAAUGCUAGCAGAGAAUGGGUGGAAGCAGUAAUGCCUCAAAUCCAAAGGGAAUACCCACAGAUCUCCCAGUAGGAGUGAGGCAAGCCAAUGUGCCUAUGAGGGAGAAGUCAGGCAGAAAGAGUUGAUCAUAACAAAAUUGCACCUGCCUCCCUCAACAGCCCCACUGCAGUGUUCAUCCAGGCAACAAAUAAAGCCUAGCUAUAGGCAGGAGCUUGCAAUAGAUCAGGCACUGUGGAAGGGGGAGGGCAUCUCUCAAGCUCACGUCAAGGAAGGAAGAGGAAUGGAUGGGAGUGAUUUAUGCCUGCCCCCAGGAAAGCCAAGACUCAACGGCCCCAUUGAUCUCCAGCACCACAGUAGAGUCGUACUAGAACUGUAAUCUCCCCCACCCCAAAGCAAGCUUACUUUUCUCUUACAACUGAGCUCAAUUGGAGUACUCACUUCAUUGGUAAUCCUGCAAUGGAUUAACAAGCAGCCAGAAAUAUGUUAAUCUGCCUGGCCUUCUUGGUGAUGGAGUUUAGCUUAUUUCAUAAUGAAUCCAAGGAAACCAGGGGGGAAGAGAAGCAUUCUCUCCUUCAAAAGUGGAGGAAGGAUGUGGGGUGGGAGAUGGGAACAGCUUAGCAGAGGCCAACCCCUUUUUCCUCUAAUGCCCCAUCAGAGGUUCCACUCCUUGGGAAAAGUACCUGGUCCCAAAAGUACCUGGUCACACUGUACCUGCUGAUAUACAGUUCUUCCAAAUUCACAACUAGCAAAAGUGUAUUUUAGCUGAAACAGAAUCUUCACAACAGUGUGACUCCUCCUCUGGAACAAUUCCUUUAAAAAUGUUACUGGGCUGGUGGUAAUCUAUUUUGGGUGAAGUAGGGAGGGUCAGGAGGUUUUUAAUUUCUCUGGGACCUGGGACAAUUCAGGCAGUGGGACACUGAUUCUCAUUAUCUGAACUCUCAACCGGAGAGAGAGCUGAUUGGUUCAUUGGGUUUUCUGGGGUUCAAGACCAACAGAAGUGAAAAAAAAAAUAAGGUUGGCUUCAAUUUGGGUGUGAAAAUGGAGUGGAAAAAUUGUAAUAAUUUUAUUAAAUGUUAUAAUUCAGAAGAUAAAAGCUAAUACAAACUAAAAAAAAAGAUGUAAAAAAUAGAAAUGUUUUUUAACCUUGACCAAAUAAACUAACUUUAUAUUUAU